AUGGUCCAGCGACUUACCUACCGUCGUCGACUGGCUUACAACACCGCUUCUAACGGUCGAAAGAUCGUCAAGACUCCCGGUGGAAAGCUCCGAGUGAAGAAGGCCGCUUCCGUCCCAAUCUGCGGUGACACUAAGCAGCCCCUUCGAGGUGUCCGCGCCGUCCGACCCCGAGAAGCUUCCAAGCUCUCCCGACGACAAAAGACUGUCUCCCGAGCGUACGGUGGCACCCUCUCCGGCGGCGCCGUCCGAUCCCGAAUCGUCCGAGCUUUCCUCGUUGACGAACAGAAGAUGGUUGUCAAGAUCCUCAAGGCCAAGCAGGGCUCUAAGUAA